GAGGGAGCGUCCUGUUAUGCGUGUUUGUCCGCUGGUCUGUCGGGCCUGCUUCCGAGCCCGGCGCGCGGCCCUGGCCGCUCCGUCAUGGAGGCAGCGGCGCAGGCGGCAGAAGCGAGGGCCGCUGAAGCAGGCACAGCCGACGGAGCGAGCGCCGCGGCGGCGGCGGCGGCGGCGUCCCCUAAUCCCUUCUUUUCCCGCCGGACGACUUGAGCCGUCCCGCCUCGCGGGGGCUUCUCCAGCAUGAGCGGAGGAGGGGGAGGAAGCGACGGGGGCGGCGGCGGCGGCAGCUCCUCUUCGUCUGCCCCAGGCCGGUUCGCCGACUACUUCGUGAUCUGUGGUUUGGACACCGAGACUGGCCUGGAACCGGACGAGCUCUCCGCAUUAUGCCAGUAUAUACAGGCCUCUAAAGCCCAAGAUGGUGGUGGCCGUUUCAUUUCAAGUUCAGCAGAAGGUAAAAACCAGGAGGAAAAAUAAUCAAAACUCUGAUUCAAAUCAAUUUUAGUACUAAGAGUGAAAAAUGUAUUCAAGUAAGUGAUUUUUUCUCUCUCCAACUUUCCUUUCUCUCUUGCCUAGCUAUGCAUGCCUAAAGGUUUGUCUUUCAAGACACAAGCUGAUGCCAGAGAACCUCAGUUUCAUUCAUUCAUCAUUACACGUGAAGAUGGAUCACGGACAUUUGGAUUUUCUCUAACAUUUUAUGAGGAAGUUACCAGUAAGCAAAUCUGUAGCGCAAUGCAGACAUUGUAUCUCAUGCACAAUGCUGAAUAUGAUAUUCUUCAUGCUCCAUCCACCAAUGAUAAAGAUAACCUUAGCACUAUAGAGGAUUGUAAUGGUACCUCUGUAUCAAAACUACAGCGAUUUAACUCGUACGACAUUAGUAGAGACACGCUCUAUGUCUCUAAGUGUAUUUGUCUGAUCACUCCAAUGUCUUUCAUGAAGGCAUGUAGGAAAGUGCUUGAACAACUCCACCAAGCUGUAACUUCACCUCAGCCACCACCAUUACCAUUGGAAAGCUUUAUCUACAACAUUCUAUAUGAAGUUCCUCUCCCUCCAGCAGGAAGAUCUCUAAAGUUUUCAGGAGUUUAUGGACCUAUAAUCUGCCAGAGGCCAAGCACCAAUGAAUUGCCAUUAUUUGAUUUUCCAGUCAAAGAUGUUUUUGAGUUACUUGGAGUGGAGAAUAUGCUUCAACUCUUCACCUGUGCUCUUUUGGAAUUUCAGAUACUGCUUUAUUCACAACAUUACCAGAGGCUGAUGACAGUGGCAGAGACAAUCACAGCACUGAUGUUUCCAUUCCAAUGGCAGCAUGUCUAUGUUCCCAUCCUUCCAGCCUCUCUUCUACAUUUUCUAGAUGCUCCUGUCCCAUAUUUAAUGGGAUUGCACUCUAAUGGGCUUGACGACCGGUCUAAAUUGGAGCUCCCUCAAGAGGCAAAUUUGUGUUUUGUGGAUAUAGACAACCAUUAUGUUGAGUUGCCAGAAGACUUGCCUCAAUUUCCAAAUAAACUUGAAUUCAUUCAGGAAGUCUCUGAAGUACUUAUGGCUUUUGGGAUUCCACCUGAGGGAAACCUACAUUGUAAUGAAAGUGCCUCCAAGAUGAUGAAAAGUCUCAGGACCUGUGACAUAGUCUCUGAUAAGAGAAAUGGCAAUUUAGGAGGACCAACUAUGAAUACUUAUGAACUACUGAAAGAAAAUGAAACCCUAGCAAGACUGCAAGCGCUUGUUAAAAGAACAGGAGUUAGUCUAGAAAAGGUUGAAUUUCGAGAAGAGAUGAGUAGCAAGAAGGAUCUGAAAAUGCAGUGUGACGAAGAAGAAUUAAAGAUUUACCAGCUCAACAUUCAAAUACGGGAAGUUUUUGCAAAUCGUUUCACUCAGAUGUUUGCAGAUUAUGAAGUAUUUGUUAUUCAGCCCAGUCAGGACAAAGAGUCGUGGUUCAGUAAUAGAGAACAGAUGCAGAACUUUGAUAAAGCAUCCUUCUUGUCUGAUCAGCCAGAACCUUAUUUGCCUUUCCUCUCGAGAUUUUUGGAGACGCAGAUGUUUGCUUCUUUUAUUGACAACAAGAUUAUGUGUCAUGAUGGAGAGGAUAAAGAUCCUAUCUUGAGAGUGUUUGAUUUUAGAGUUGAUAAAAUAAGAUUGUUAAAUGUUCGAACACCAACUUUGCGCACAUCCAUGUAUCAAAAAUGCAGUACCAUUGAUGAAGCUGAAAAAGCUAUUGAGUUAAGACUGGCAAAAAUAGACCAUACUGCAGUCCUUCCUCAUUUAUUAGAUAUGAAGAUUGGACAAGGAAAAUAUGAACCUGGCUUUUUCCCCAAGCUACAAUCAGAUGUACUUUCAACGGGGCCAGCAAGCAAUAAAUGGACCAAACGCAAUGCACCUGCACAGUGGAGGAGGAAAGACAGACAGAAACAGCACACAGAGCACCUGCGUCUUGAUAACGAUCAGAGAGAGAAAUACAUCCAAGAAGCUCGAAAUCUGGGUAGCACUAUUCGCCAACCCAAAUUGUCUAAUCUGUCACCAUCAGUAAUUGCCCAGACUAAUUGGAAAUUUGUUGAAGGAUUGCUGAAGGAAUGCCGAAAUAAGACAAAAAGGAUGCUUGUGGAAAAAAUGGGCCGAGAAGCCGUAGAACUUGGUCAUGGUGAGGUGAACAUUACAGGAGUGGAAGAAAACACAUUAAUAGCCAGUCUCUGUGAUCUUUUGGAAAGAAUAUGGAGCCACGGACUUCAGGUGAAGCAGGGGAAAUCUGCUUUGUGGUCACACUUGUUACAUUACCAAGAAAACAGACAGCGAAAAUCUACAUCUGGAAGCUUCAGUACCUCAGGAAUUCUUCUAGAUGCUGAAAGAAGGAAGUCAGAUGCCAAUCCAGGAAUGUCUCCUUUAAGAGUAUCCCUCAUCCAGGACAUGAGGCAUAUUCAGAAUAUAAGUGAGAUCAAAACUGAUGUUGGUAAAGCUAGAGCUUGGGUUCGGCUCUCCAUGGAAAAGAAAUUACUUUCCAGACAUCUGAAACACCUUCUUUCUGAUUAUGAACUCACAAAAAAACUCUACAAACGCUAUGCUUUCCUCCGUUGUGAUGAUGAAAAAGAACAGUUUCUGUAUCAUCUCUUGUCAUUCAAUGCUGUAGAUUACUUCUGUUUCACCAAUGUUUUUACAACAAUUUUGAUUCCAUACCAUAUAUUGAUAGUUCCUAGCAAAAAACUUGGUGGUUCAAUGUUUACAGCCAACCCAUGGAUAUGCAUUUCAGGAGAAUUGGGUGAAACAGGAAUCCUGCAGAUUCCAAGAAAUAUGCUGGAGAUGACAUUUGAGUGUCAGAAUUUGGGAAAACUUACUACGGUACAAAUGGGACAUGAUAAUUCUGGAUUGUAUGCCAAGUGGCUAGUGGAAUAUGUGAUGGUCAGAAAUGAAGUGACGGGUCACACGUACAAGUUUCCAUGUGGAAGAUGGCUUGGAAAAGGUGUAGAUGAUGGCAGCUUAGAAAGGAUCCUAGUGGGUGAAUUGCUGACAUCUCAUACUGAAGUAGACGAAAGACAGUGCAGAACCCCUCCAUUGCAGCAAUCCCCUAGCAUGAUCAGAAGAUUUGUCACCAUAUCACCUAACAACAAGCCAAAGUUAAAUACAGGUCAGAUACAAGAAUCUAUUGGUGAAGCUGUAAAUGGAAUUGUCAAACAUUUCCACAAGCCAGAGAAAGAGAGAGGAAGUUUAACACUUUUGCUUUGUGGAGAAGGUGGACUUGUUUCAGCUCUAGAGCAAGUGUUUCAGCAUGGAUUUAAAUCUCCUAGGCUGUUCAAAAAUGUUUUUAUUUGGGAUUUUCUAGAAAAAGCACAAGGAUUUUAUGAAGCUCUUGAUCAGAAUGAACUGGUCCCAGAAGAAAACUGGCAGAAAAGGGCAAGGAGUUUUUGUCGCUUUGUAACAGCCAUCAACAACACUCCUAGAAACAUUGGGAAAGAUGGCAAAUUUCAGAUGUUAGUUUGCCUUGGAGCUAGAGAUCAUCUCUUACACCAUUGGAUUGCUCUGUUGGCAGACUGCCCCAUCACUGCUCAGAUGUAUGAGGAUAUAGCAUUGAUAAAAGAUCACACGCUUGUGAAUUCUUUGAUCCGUGUGUUGCAAACAUUACAGGAGUUCAAUAUCACACUGGAAGCAUCCCUUGUCAAAGGAAUAGACAUCUGAUUUUGCCUCAUGCAACAAGCACUGUUUUAAAAAAGCAACAAGCAACAGACUAUUAUUAGUAUACAAAGAUUAUAUCUGGUAAUACAUUGCAUCCAAAAUAUUCAUGUGACUCAAUGCAACUCUUCUAGAAUGAAGAUACAGAUGGUGUGCAAAAAUAUAACAAAAACUGUACAUCCGGUGUGUAAAAGGAAAAAGGAUACUUAUAAAUUACUUUUAGAGUUUAUUUGCUGAUUUGCUUUUACACGCUUUCAUGUGAAAGAGUUAGACGAGUAUUGUGCAGCUUAUUUUAAAGCUGUAAUAUUUCUUUGCCAUAGAUAAUGGUGCAGUGAGAAGCUCUUAGCAUUCUCUCAACUUGCCUUCAGACUGUAUCCUGAAAAAAUGUAAUUAACACAUUCCAAUUUCUGCUAAGAAUCACUAAGCAAUUAAAAACUAAUAUUUUAUUACGUAAGUACACUCUUUAGCAUUUCCAUGUUGAGUCACUGCUGUGCUGAAAGAAACUUAGAAAUGUAUAUGUUUUUAAUAGGCUCAAAGCACUGAAUUCAUUAGCAAUUUUUCUUUUUUUAUCAGUAUUAUUUUUAGCAGAUUUUUCAGGAGUGAAACAUGCAGAUAGAUGUUCAGAAAUCAGUAGUAUUUUUCAUACAUGAAAUUGCACAGAGAAAAUUAUAAGUGUGUUUUAACUGGCAUUUAUUUAUUUAACUUUUUCAUCAUGAUCUGGUCUUUGCCUUUUUAAAAAAAAGAAUGCUAUAUACUUGGGUGCAGUCCCUAUAGACAGAAGCUCCAGAAGAAGUAUCUGCAGAAAAAUAUGUCUCUGCAUGGACAUGCCUUUCGAGUUCAAUCAGUUUAUAAUGAGAUUUCAGAACAUAAAAUACAAAUGUGAUUAUUUUAAGGUUGCAUAUCCCCUACGUAACGGCUAACAGUCUAAUAUUGUGACACUUGCUGGAAUAGCAUAUAAAUAUACAGAGUAAAAUAGAACAAAAUUUCACACUUGUGUGACAACUUAUGAUACUGGCACAAUUUUAUUACAGCGUUAUAAGCACAUCUUUUGGUCAAACAUUUAGGAUGAGUAUGAGUGAGGUCAGUAUUACUGUGACUUACUUAUGCUGGUACUGAACCUAUUAACAUGUAAAGGUUUUCAGAUCUUGGUUAACCCUAAUUCAUAGGCAGAAGAUAACAAACAUUUUCUUUUCAAAUGCCGAAUGUCAUGUUCUAAUUUUGCUUUGUUAAAUGCAAGAUUUCUUGGAUACUUGUGAACAUUGUGUAAAAAUAUUAGCCUAUUCUAAUAAAGUUCAGAUGUGGAUUUUUAUAAAUACAAGUAGUAAAAUUCCAAUCAAGAAAAAAAAUCUAGUGUAUGCCUAGAAACAACUGUUAUUAUUAGCUGAGAAUUUAAAAUCCUUAGAAAAUGCAUACCUAAUAGAGAUAAUACUGAAAUACAUAGGACAAGGGUUGAAAUCUCUGUACUGUAGUAGGAGGCCUUUUCUGUAUGAACACUAGGCUUUAACAUGGAGCUGUGAAAAAGAAGUCUUCAGUUGUCAGUUUACUCAAGUAGAAUUAUUCUUAAUUCCUACAUUUUGUGGUCAUUUUUUCCAGUAACUUAAAGUACAGCACAUGUAUUAAAUUUUACUAUUUUUACUUA